AUGGCAAUGGCCUGCUUAAAUGUUUCCAAAGUCGACCAGGAAUAUGUUGAGGAAAAGAACCAAAAGAUCAAAGAAGUUUGUACCCUAGAUGGAACCACUGAUUGGUACGGUCGCCCUGCAGUCCGAGGGCGAACUGGAACAUGGGUUGCUGCAACUCUCAUAUUAGUGAAUCAAGGGCUGGCAACGCUGGCAUUCUUCGGAGUAGGAGUGAACUUGGUGUUGAUGUUGACGAGGGUGCUGGGCCAAGACAACGCAGAGGCUGCAAAUAAUGUCAGCAAAUGGACUGGAACUGUUUACCUCUUCUCUCUUCUUGGCGCUUUCCUCAGUGAUUCCUACUGGGGGAGGUACAAGACUUGCGCUGUCUUUCAACUUAUUUUUGUCAUUGGUUUGUCGAUGUUAUCACUAUCGACCUACAUAUUCUUACUCAAGCCUAAAGGCUGCGGUGAUAAAAAUACUCCAUGUGGAGAUCACUCAGCCUUUGUAAUCGGAUUGUUCUACAUCUCUAUAUACCUUAUUGCCCUAGGAAAUGGAGGCUACCAACCUAACAUAGCUACAUUUGGGGCGGACCAAUUUGAUGACCAAGGGGACCCCAAAGAAGGGCAGUCAAAGAUAGCCUUCUUUAGCUACUUCUACUUGGCUUUAAAUCUUGGCUCUCUCUUUUCAAACACAAUCUUGGGCUACUUUGAGGAUAAAGGAAUGUGGACUCUAGGGUUUUGGGCAUCCACUGGCUCUGCUGCCAUUGCAUUGGUCCUGUUUCUUUGUGGUACUCCAAGGUACAGGCAUUUCAAGCCUCAGGGCAACCCUCUCUCUAGGUUUUGCCGGGUGAUGGUUGCUGCAACAAGAAAAUGGAAGGUUGAGAUGAUGCCAAGUGGGGAGGAUUUGUACGAGGAAGAUGGGAAGGAAUGCUCUCAAAAUGAUAGGAACAUAGUUCACACCCAUGGAUUCAAAUUCUUGGAUAGAGCAGCAGUCAUCACAUCAAAGGAGAUGAACGAAAUGGACAAGGGAGCUCACAAUCCAUGGCGCCUCUGCACAGUGACACAAGUAGAAGAAGUGAAAUGCAUACUGAGACUCCUCCCAAUUUGGUUGUGCACAAUACUUUACUCUGUAGUUUUCACUCAAAUGGCAUCACUCUUUGUAGAACAAGGUGCCUCAAUGAAGACCACCGUUUCAGGGUUCCACAUUCCCCCAGCCAGCAUGUCAAGCUUCGACAUUCUCAGCGUAGCGGCUUUUAUCUUCAUCUGCAGGCGGUUUCUCGAUCCGCUUUUUGGCAGGCUUAGAAAGAAAAAACUCACUGAGCUUCAAAGGAUGGGGAUUGGUCUUGUCAUUGCAAUCAUGGCAAUGGUUUCAGCUGGAGUUGUGGAGGUGUUCAGGUUAAAAUAUGCAGUCAAAGAAUGCAACAAUUGUGAAAAUCCAAGCUCAUUGAGCAUAUUUUGGCAAGUUCCUCAGUUUGUGCUUGUAGGAGCAUCAGAAGUGUUCAUGUAUGUUGGUCAAUUGGAGUUCUUCAAUGGACAAGCACCUGAUGGGUUGAAGAGCUUUGGGAGUGCACUUUGCAUGACUUCAAUAUCACUUGGGAACUAUGUGAGUAGCUUGCUUGUUACAAUUGUGAUGAAAGUUUCUACUAGAGAUGAAAUGCCAGGAUGGAUCCCUGGAAACCUAAACAAGGGUCAUUUGGAUAGAUUCUACUUUCUCUUGGCAGCUUUGACAACGGCUGAUCUUUUGGUGUAUAUAUUAUGUGCCAAGUGGUACAAGUAUAUCAAGUUUGAAGCAAAGGGUGGAAAUGACAAUGGCGUGCACAAUAUUGGGCAACCUGAACUUGGAGUCUGA